AUGCAUGUCAGGAACCGCCAACAUCAAGACCUUCUGAUGCCGCUCAGUUGGCCACUGCGUCCUGAGGCAAAUGAGCGCAUAAAUUCACCACCCUGCAGUCCACGAUCGCCUGAAUCAAAUGCCUCAGAUGCAGUCACUUCAAUAAGAUCACCAGUGACCCAGGUACUUGCAAAAAUCGCCCACUCAACUCCCAAACAACGGCAGCCAGCAGGUGAUAAAAUUGUCGGCGAACUCGUCAGGGCAGUUCUGGAGCUCCAGCUUUCUGCAGAGUUGAGUAAACUUCAUCGAGAACAACAGCAACAGCCAGAGCGCACCUACAACGACAGCCAGACCCAAAAUCUGGAAGCACGAGACUCCAUUUCUCAGUGGUCCUUCACAUCAAGUCUACCUAAAACGCCAAGCAGCUCAGGCACAUUCAGUCCACCAGUGCAGCCGCUGGUCUGGGGGCUCAACCUGACUCCCGUCAGAAAGGGCCUCUACAAGACAGAACUCUGCAAACGUUACCUUCUCAGCAAGAAUCAGAUGUGUGAAUACGGCCUACGUUGUAGAUUUGCGCAUGGCCUGCGGGAGCUGCAUCUCACAGCGCGCCAUCCACGCUACAAGACAGAGGUCUGCCGCGCAUUCUGUCUCAGCGGUUACUGCCGCUACGGCCGUCGAUGCGACUUCAUCCACGACGAAAGCCCAGAGCAUCUAAGAGCCCUGCGGACCGAAAAUGCUCUUUAUCAGGAGUACUGUGCGAGACAUCCCAACGCGACCGACGUCACGCUUGUGGAGGUACUGCGCGAAUUUGCACCCCAUCACCCAGAGCUGAAGCGAUUCCUACAAUAUAUUGAAUCUGUUGGCUAA